UGCCUCAACGUCUCUCUUUGGACCUGGGUUCCUCCUAACACUAGGGGGAGGCUAAGAGCCUCGGGACACUCCCAACGCAGGCAGAGGGAGGCGGGGCCUACUAUAAAGUCACGCCUUCUCCACAUGUGACUGACAAUGACACCAACCAAUGGGUGCUGGGACAGGGCGCGCCGGCGCCCCGCCCCCUUGGUCUCCCCGCGGCCCCGAGGCACACUCUGGCAGACUUCGCGGCGGCGACGGCUGGGGUGGACGGUGCACUGUGCGCAGGCGCGGAGCUGGACCUCGCUGCAGCCCCCAUUGCCUCGGGGAGUCGCACCCACCGAGUCCGCCUGCUGGCCCGUCAGUGCUCUUCCCUUCGUCCGCCCUCCCGGGUUCCCCUAGCGCUCUACGCGCCGGGAUGGCGGAGCUGCGGCCUAGCGGCGCCCCCGGCCCCUCCGCGCCCCCGGCCCCCGGCCCUACUGCCCCUCCGGCCUUCGCCUCACUCUUUCCCCCGGGACUGCACGCCAUCUACGGAGAGUGCCGCCGUCUUUACCCUGACCAGCCGAACCCGCUCCAGGUUACCGCUAUCGUCAAGUACUGGUUGGGUGGCCCAGAUCCCUUGGACUAUGUCAGCAUGUACAGGAACGUGGGGAGCCCUUCUGCCAAUAUCCCUGAGCAUUGGCACUACGUCAGCUUCGGCCUCAGCGAUCUCUAUGGCGACAAUAGAGUCCAUGAGUUUACAGGAACAGAUGGACCUAGUGGUUUUGGCUUUGAGUUAACAUUUCGUCUGAAGAGAGAGACAGGGGAGUCCGCCCCACCAACGUGGCCAGCAGAGCUAAUGCAGGGGUUGGCCCGAUACGUGUUCCAGUCAGAGAACACUUUCUGCAGUGGGGACCACGUGUCUUGGCACAGCCCUUUGGAUAACAGCGAGUCGAGAAUUCAGCACAUGCUGCUCACAGAGGACCCGCAAAUGCAACCCGUGCAGACACCCUUUGGGGUAGUGACCUUCCUCCAGAUUGUCGGUGUCUGCACCGAAGAGCUGCACUCAGCCCAGCAGUGGAACGGGCAGGGCAUCCUGGAGCUGCUGCGGACUGUGCCUGUCGCUGGCGGCCCCUGGCUGAUAACUGACAUGCGGAGGGGAGAAACCAUAUUUGAGAUCGAUCCACACCUGCAACAGGAGCGAGUUGACAAAGGCAUCGAGACAGACGGCUCUAACCUGAGUGGUGUCAGCGCCAAGUGUGCCUGGGAUGACCUGAGCCGGCCCCCCGAGGAUGAUGAGGACAGCCGGAGCAUCUGCAUCGGCACACAGCCCCGGAGGCUCUCUGGCAAAGACACAGAACAGAUCCGAGAGACCCUGAGAAGAGGACUUGAGAUCAACAGCAAGCCCGUCCUUCCACCCAUCAACCCUCAGCGGCAGAAUGGCCUCACCCACGACCGGGCCCCCUGUUUGCCGUUGAGUUUGAUGUCCUGUUCCGGGAGCCGCAAAGACAGCCUGGAAAGUGACAGCUCCACAGCCAUUAUUCCCCAUGAGCUGAUCCGCACACGACAGCUCGAGAGUGUACAUCUGAAGUUCAACCAGGAGUCAGGAGCCCUCAUUCCUCUCUGCCUUAGGGGCAGGCUCCUGCAUGGACGGCACUUUACGUAUAAAAGUAUCACAGGUGACAUGGCCAUCACGUUUGUCUCCACGGGAGUGGAAGGCGCCUUUGCCACCGAGGAGCAUCCUUACGCGGCCCAUGGACCCUGGUUGCAAAUUCUGUUGACUGAAGAGUUUGUAGAGAAAAUGUUGGAGGACUUAGAAGAUUUGACUUCUCCAGAGGAAUGCAAACUUCCCAAGGAGUACAGCUGGCCCGAAAAGAAGCUGAAAGUCUCCAUCCUGCCGGACGUAGUUUUCGACAGUCCGCUGCACUAGCCUGGGCUGGGGCCUGCAGGGCCGACUGGGAGCCCGGCCACUCCCAGCUGACUUCCAGUUGUAACAACUGCAUAAAGGAGAUUCCCACAAAUAAAGGACAAGUGUGAGGAUGACUGCGCAGCCACCGCACCCGCAGCCCUGUGGGACACCGUGCACGGGCCACAGGCCCCACCUCGCCUCCCGCUCAGGGCCCUGGUCCCCCUGGGCCAGUGUGUGGGCCAAUGCAACCCUGGCUGCCUGCCGCCACCACAGGCUCUGGUUUGAGAUUUGACUCUGGACCCUUGAGGUGCCCCUAGGGGGAGCAGGCCUCGUUGUCACCCACCCGCUGCCUGCGGCACAGCAGGAGGAGGUGCCGGGGUGCACUGCCCAGCUCAGCUGUCUCGCAGGCCUUUGCUAGACAAGCGGAACAAUUCCUCCCCUCACGUUUGGUUUCCUUUCUCCUUAUUUUAUUUUGUAGAAACCGGGUGGUAUUUUAUUGCUCUACAAAGAUGUCCAGAAGCCGUGUACAUAAUGUUUUUUAAACAGAACUUUAUUCCCAGGUGAAUUUUCUCAUUCUCUCAGACAGGGGCCUGGGGCUGUGUCUCCCCCUGCACUGUCACCAGAGAAGGUGACCACUGUUGGCCUGCCACCCAGGGCCUGGAGGAGAUGGCUUCACAGACACUCCUUUCUUCCCAGUGAGCCUGGUGGAGUCUGGGCAGGGGGUGAGAAGAGAUGUCCCCAUGCAACCUGGAACCCGGGUUAGAUGGGACCAGCAAGGGGUACUGCUCUUUUCAAAGUAAAUUGGCCUCCCUCUGGUUCCAGGGACUUUCAGGGUCUCAAAGAUUGGUGGCCCCAGCCUCACCUUCUAGGCAUUUCCCACCCCUCACAGUCCAUCCUCAACUGCACCUCAGGGCCUGGGUCUCCAGCUCUCACCCCUGUCCCAUUGCUUUGUUCCAUGGGCUUCCCAGCCUCUAGGCUGCAGGAUUCUGGGUUAUUAAUAACCAGAAACUCAACCUCUCACCAUCCCUUUCACUUUUGGUUUUGCCAGCACUGCUCCCUGCCACAUGCCAGCUACCCUGCGUCCAUUUAUUUCUCAUCUUCCAUCCCCAUUCCUUGUCCUGUCUCCUUGCCUGUACCCCGGCCACUUAUGCUCCUUGAUCCCAAACCCCAAGGACUACAAAUCUCAGGGCCUGCCUUCCAGAAGUCAACCAAUCUGUGGCCCAUGGCUUUGGGGUUCCUCUUGGGUUAUUUCCCACCCCUGUCCUGGAAUGAGCAAGCCCCUUUCCUCUUACUCUGACUCCAGGGACUGCUACUUUAAGCCCACCCUCUGGACCACUCCAGAGCAAAGUUAUUUUGUGUGUCAGGGACCAUGCAGAACUCCUCUGCCUCUGCCACCCACACAGGCACCACCCCAGUGCCCCAGGAGGCCUGUAAGGGUGCAGGACCUCUCUGAUGAGAGAACUGGCCAAAGAGCUGCCCCCAUGGGUCAUGAGGCCACUGGCUAGGCUCCUCGGGGAACUAGAGUUGGACCUCCAAGGGGCACCUUCUCCUGCACACCCCCAGGGCUAUCUGGGUAACUCCAUCAUUUGAAGGCUUCAAAGCAGAUCAUCCUGGAGGGCUUGGGGGAGAUAAGCUCCGGGCCCCCCAGCCAAGAUGUAAGCCUCCCUGGACCUGAUGUCAGCAGCAGCUGUGCCUUUUACUGCCCUGAGAGCUUUUCCAAAAAGCUGUGCACUGGCCUUGGCUGCUGUUGCCCCCGCAGCCCUGCCUCUGAAGCUCUGGUCUUGUUACUGGCAGAGAGGUGCCAUCUGUUUGUCUCCAUUCCUUGCCAUCUUGACCAAACCGCCCCAGAACUCUUUCUGGGGAUAGCUUGAGGGCUCCCUGCUGCAGCUUCCCCGGCCUCCAUCUACUGGGUUGGGUGAGGAGGGACAAUUUUCUGAGCUAAGCAUGCUCAUCAGUGAGGCACCUGGCCAACAUCUGCCCCAGGCCUACAGGGCCUCCGCAGACUGGCACCAGCAGCCUGGUGGCCCACUGUUGGAGAAGCAGGGGACAACAGGAGGAAGCAGGUGAGCACUGAGAUGCUGAGCUCAGGAAGCCUGUGGCCCGUUUCUGCCUCCAGCAUGUCAGGAAACGGAACAGCGAAGAUCCUGCAGGGCCAGGCCCGCAUCAGUGCUCCCGCUGUGCGUUGGCUCUAGGAGCACGGCAGGGCCUCUGCUGCUCUGAGCAGCCCUUUCCCUUAAGCACUGGGGAACAGACCUCAGAGUGGAUCAGGGAGGUGAGGAGCCUCCCUGCCCGCGUCUGCCUCUUUUUCGGGCUUCUUUGAGGCUUGCCCAGUUCUGCCCCAUCCUUCAAGGUCUCUGGUGCUAGUGCUUCUGAGAAGGCAGCCCCCCUUUGCUGUUUGCCUGCUGGAUAAGGCAGACCAUGGCUCCCCAUGUGGGCUGCAAGAGGACCACAAACCCAGCUGUCCUUCUGGGGACACUGGGAGGCUCCUGCGGGGUCUCGGGUCAGGCAGGAGAGCUGCUGCACCUUCCUGCCAGUCUCUUCCUCUUCCGAAGGCGAGGUUCCAGGACAGGGACUAGGAAGACCUUGGGGAGAGUUUUUUAAAGGGCUAGAGCAUUUUAAAAAAUAGACACAGGGUCUUGGGACUGGAUUUAGAGAUUGAAUUGAGAGCAGGGAGAAAACCUGGAGUCAGUGCCCCUGUGGGGCAGACCGUAGAGGAUUCCCGUGACUGUAUUUUUUUAUCCACUCAUCCUCUCUGGUUUUCAGGACCUCAGCACCAGUGAGGUGCCUGGGUCCCUGUGAUGUCAGGAGCCCUGUAGGCAGGUCCCUCCUUUUGUACCAGUACCUGAGUGCUGCAACGAACAGACUUUUGUAAGGUUUUUGUAAUUUGUUUUUAACGUCAGUGGCGACUCGGUUCCUGGGGCUGCAGCCAGCCAGGGACUUUUGUAAGAAUUUUUGGGUGACUCACUUAGAUGUCGUUUCCUUGCCCCCUCUUCCUUUGUGUAAUCUAAGUGCAUUAAAUGUAUUUGCAGAA